AUGGCGAAGAUAGCAGUGACUCCUUUGCCCUCACGGAACCCGGACCCAGUGGAUCUUCCGGCGCACUGGACCAAUAAUCCGCCAACAUCAUUCAAGAAUCCUUGGCCCAGCUUCGCAAAACAACAUGGACCGCUGGAUGCUUUGAAGGUACGCUUCAGCACCAACAGAAACUUUGUGCCCGUGCCAGAGACCAGGGACGAGUUGGUUAAAGUCCGCAAGCCAGAUUGGGGCAGAGGCUCAGAUGGAUGGCAACAACAGCUGAAAGCGACAUGGCUGGGUCAUGCUGGAUUCUUGGUAGAGACGGCUUGCUCAGCCUCCACAACAGGACCUGAAGUCUCGGCCGAGGAUGGCAAGGAAACUACCAGAGGCAUUCGAAUCUUAUUCGAUGCGGUGUUUAGCGAGCGAACAAGUCCGGUGGGUUGGUUAGGACCUAAACGAUACACGCCUACACCUUGCACACUGGAUGAGUUACCAGAGGUCGAUUUGGUAAUCAUCUCGCAUAACCACUAUGAUCAUUUGGAUAUUGCGAUCAUCUCGCAUGUUUACAGGAAGUCGAAAGCGGCAGGCAAGAAUAUACAUUUCUUUGCUGCGCUAGGCAACAAACACUGGUUUCUGAAUGCAGGCAUUGGGAUCACCGCGGACGAGGUCACAGAAUGCGAUUGGUGGGACAGCCAAAAGGUCGAUGUUCAAGGAGUAGGCAGUAUCAAUCUCACAUGCACGCCGACACAGCACUUCUCUGGACGAACUCCAUUUGAUGCUGGGCACACUCUGUGGUCUUCAUGGGUUGUUGAAGACGUGCAAUCGAACAAGAAACUCUACUUUUCGGGCGACACGGCAUACAAAGCCACCUCUGCAAAGACGGCAUGCCCAGCAUUCAAGCAGAUAGGCCAAGUCUUUGGUGGAUUUGAUUUGGCCAUGGUACCUAUCGGUCUGUACUCGCCCGAGUGGUUCAUGAGCAAUGUUCACUGUUGCCCUGAAGACAGCCUUGAGAUUCACAAGGACAUUUGCAGCAAGAAGACUAUUGGUAUGCACUAUGGAACGGUGCGAGGAGGGCUCAGCGCGCAAUAUGAAGACGUCAGAGAGCCGCCAAGGCGUUGGCAAGAGUGCUGCGCAAAAGAAGGGAAAUGGCAGACGGAAUGUUGGUUGUGUGAUGUGGGUGAGACGGUGACAGCUGCUUGA